UCUCACUGCGUUGUCCCCAUGCCCAGCACCCAACAGGUGCUGCAGCACCCCACUUUUGGCAUGGGUGCCCUGACCCGAGUGGGGACCCUCUGCCACCGGUUGGGGUGUGUGGGUUUGUGAGGCUGUGGUUGCUCAUCGCCCCCUCGCCGGGCAGCUCCAUUCCCAGGGUGAAGCAGGUGGCACAGGACUGUCCCCCUCCACUGGGGGUACAGAUGCAGCAGGGGGAACCCAAAAUGGAGGCAUUUCAGCUCCGCUCCAUCCUGUACUUCCUGACCUCCAGCCCAGGCCCUCCCUAAAACCCCUACCCCAGCCCCAUUGGUGGAGCGCUGCUGCUAGGACCCCAUAGAUGCUUCCUCCUCCUGCCACCCGGACUGCUUCAGCCUCACCCCAACCACCAUGCGGCUGCAUUGCCUCCUCUUCCUCCUCCUGCUUCUCUUCCACAGGACAUGGGCAGAAACAGAAGCCCCAUCUCCUCUCCCAGCAGAAUCAAAGCUUUUCCAGCUACUCCAGACCUUCCUCCUCCCCAGUGCCAACUCCACCAAGGUGGCCGGGGUGGCUGUGCUGACAGACAUGUUCGUCUACAUGCUGGACCCGGACACCUGGAACCUCCGCAUCUGCUACCCCUGGGUCCACCAGGCCAUGGCUGAGGGUGACCUGGUGAAGCUUAUGUCCUCCUUCAAGCUUGCCAUGCGCAAUGUGAUCCGAUUCAUGCACGAGAUGGCCAUUCAGGUGCAGGCGGAAUACCCUGUGGUGUUCCAGGUCCAUACAGGCUGUGAGCUUCACCCCAAUGGGACGAGCCGCGCCUUCGCCAAAAUUGGGGAGGGCGGCAGAGACCUGGUAGAGUAUGAGGCCAGGAGAAGGUACUGGGCUGUCCAGCAGUCGACCCUGCUGGCCAAGCUGGUGGGCCAUUCCCUCAAUGAGAUGAUGGCUGUCACAGAAAUGGUGGAGCACCUCCUUUACAAAACCUGCCCGAGCCACGUCCGCGCCCUGUGCAGGUAUGGGAAGGCAGACCUGGAAAGACAAGAGCUGCCCACUGCCACUGUCUUUGCCCGCAAAGCUGGCCCAGCCCAGCUCCUGCUGGUUUGCCGCAUCACCGGCUUCUACCCACGGCCCAUCAGCGUGGCCUGGCUGCGGGACGGCCAUGAGGUGCCACCGGGCCCAGCCCUGAACACCAGUGCUGUCCUGCCCAACGCCGACUUCACCUACCAGGUCUACAGCGGCCUGACCGUGGCCCCCCAUGAUGGGCACAGCUACGCCUGCCGCAUUCGCCACCGCAGCCUGGGCACCCGCAGCCUCCUCAUCCCCUGGGAAAACCACAUUGUGACUCCCGCUGUCAUCAUUGUUAUCGUGGUGCUGGUCCUUGCUGUUGCCAUUGCCAUUGGUGCUGCUUGGUGGUGGAAGUACAGGAAAGGUGCCAUGUCCAGGCAGGAUCCCCGGGAAUCCCUCAUCUGAUGCCCGCCCCCGUGCUGAGACCCCCUGCUCCCUGCUCUGUCCCCAACACACCUGCAUUAACAGAGGUGACAAAGUGGGGCCAGGCCAGUGGGGCACAAGCAGGCCACAUAGGAGCAAGAGAGAUGGAAGGAUCUGGUGGACAGUCACCCCUCAAGGCACAUGGAGCACUGUGCCCCCCAAAGACUGGUCACAGCCCCCAGUGCUCCCUACCAGUGGGUGCAGAGCAAACCCCAUUGCAAGGGAAGGACACGAAGGCCACCAGCCCCUGGAUGUUGGAGAAAAACUACAGCUGUGGGUGCCCCCACCUGCAGCAGGAGGGGACAGCCAAGAGCUGCCCCAAUUCCCCAGCACUCAGGGUCCCCGCAAACCCUCCAAGACACCCUAUGGCCAAGGGGUAUCCCAUUCCCAGCCUGCCCUGUGUGCUCACCCCCACACAUGUCGCUGCCCUGCCUUGUGGCCCCAGCCCAGUCCCUGGGCUUAUCACCAAGCUCCCCUCUCCUCCUCUCCUGCUGGAAGUGGCAUGGGGCAACAGUGGCAUGGCCAGAGCCCCAGGCCUGGGACCUCCAGGACCCCAAACACCCUCACAAAAACACAGGAUAGAGGAGGUUGGAAGGAACCUCUGGAGACCAUCCAGUCCAACUCCCUUGUUAAAGCACGGUUGCCUAGAAUAUGCUGUGCAGGGUCACAUACAGGUGGGUUUUGAAUAUCUCUACAGAAAGAAACUCCACAAUCUCUCUGCCAACCUGUUCCAGUGCUCUGUCACCAGCACAGUAAAGAAUUUUUUCCUCAUA